UGUGCUUCUUGCUAGUUGAAAAGUAGGUUUUCCCCCCAUCAUGUUGCAUCAGAAGUUGCUCAGACGAACUUGGCUCUACCUUUACCGAGGGACAUUACGACACAGUUGAUAAAAUUGAUCUUUUAAGUGCGUUUUAAUCGACAUUAUUUAAUGAAUCCGUUGCCAUUGCGUAUGCAGAAGAUGGAGGACGAAGAGCCUCCCGAGGAGUAUGUUGCUCUGUGCAGCUUUACUGGAAAUGGCAGCGAUCAGCUGAGUGUCAGCAGAGGCGACCGACUGAUUGUCCAUGCCAAACCCUCCUCAGAGUGGUGGUGGGCGGAGCUCAGAGGGGUCAACGGUUACGUCCCUGCCAGCCACCUCCUCCAGGGGGAUGCUGCAGAGGAGCAGGAGGUGGAGGACCCAUGGCAGGAUGAGGAGUACUUUGGCAGUUAUGGAACACUGAGGCUCCACUUGGAGAUGUUGUCAGACAAGACCCGCACAGAGGCGUACAGGCAGGUCAUCGUCAGCAACAGUGCUUCCCUCCAGAAGAAGGUGGUGUUGGACCUCGGCUGCGGGACGGGCAUCGUGAGCCUGUUCUGUGCUAAGCUGGCCCAACCGGCAGCGGUGUAUGCCGUGGAGGCCAGCUCCAUGGCCGAGUACACCAGGGAGCUGGUGAAGCAGAACGCAUGUGAAGAGGUGGUCACGGUGCUCCAGGGGCGAGCAGAGGCGGUCCAACUACCUGAGCAGGUAGACAUUCUGGUGUCGGAGUGGAUGGGAAACUGUCUACUGUUUGAGUACAUGGUGGAGUCCGUCCUGCUGGCAAGGGACCGCUGGCUGAGGGAAGGUGGCACCAUGUGGCCCUCCUCUGCAACCCUCACCCUGGUGCCAUGUCGGGCCCACAGCUACUAUGCAGAGAAAAUGGCCUUCUGGGAGAAGACCUACGGCCUGGACUUUACCCCUCUUCAACCUCUCGCACUGCAGGAGUUCUUUGCCAAACCCAAGUUCAGCCACGUCAUGGAGCCGGAUGACUGUCUCGCCUCCCCUCAGGAUGUCAUCCGCUUGGACAUGUACGCGCUGCAGGUGGCAGACCUGGAGGAAAUGCGGGGUCAGUUUCAGUUUUGCCUGGAAAAAUCGGGCCUUUUUCACGGCUUCACCGCCUGGUUCAGCGUUUGUUUCAAGAGCCUGGUAGAAGGGGGCGCACCAGUAGAGCUCAACACCGGUCCUAAUGCUGAGCCAACACACUGGAAGCAGACGCUGUUCAUGCUUGACGAGCCUAUUAUUGCUCAUGCUGGCGACAGCAUUCGCGGAAGCAUCAUUCUGCGCAGGAACCCCGUCUGGAGGCGGCACAUGACCGUCACCUUGCACUGGGACAUCAGCAGCCGCGUGAAGGAGGCGGCCUCCUGCCAGGCCGGGAGCAAGACCUUCCCUAUGUGGAGGUGACAGCUUCUCACCAUCUGCUCCAACACAGACGCAGGAGGGCGGGAGGUCAUGGAGGAAUUCCACUUUACGCUCAGUUAAAGCGAUUGAGUGUACAGUUGGUGUUUUAAGUAAUAUUCAACAGUUCACAAGUGCCAUAAAAGCAUAAAAAGCGAACCACUGUAUACUGUUGUCUUAAAUAGAUGUUGUGCAUCUUCCAUUUGAAAUGAAUAAGCAGUAAGCCUCCUUUUCGCCGUACACAUGGACAAAGAGUCAACAACUGAGCUCUUGGCAAGUCCGAUGCUAACCAAAACAGCAGCACUUCCUGAAUCACUUCAAUGGUCUCUCAGAUAAAUUCAAGUGUGCAGUCUUACCAGUGACGCAGAUGGAUCUAGGUUCAAAUAUCGGCCCGUAUGUUCUCCCUGUGCUCGUGUAGGUGUACUCCUACAUCCCAAAAACAUGUAUGUUGGGUGAAUUGGAGACACUCAAUUGUCCAUAGGUGUGAAUGUGCCGGAUGUGUUGAGGUUUAUGGCUGGUGAUUAAGUGGAUAAAAGAAGACAAUAAUUCACUGUGAUUAAAAAUAUCUUCAAAUUGUUUUCAAAUAA